AUGGUUAUGGAUUACAUUUUAGGAGAAGAUUUCCACCGGCCAAUUGCGGUCGAUGGAUUGAAAUUGGAUCACAGAUUGGUAAGAGUACCUGGAUUUCAAGGGAAACACCCAUUUUGUGAGAAGAAGUCGAUGAAGGAACCUGGUAGUUUGGUCAUCGCCGGUGGUAUUUUUCCUCAAUGGGAUGACCGUGAUGAUGAUGACGACAUUGCGAAUAUUGAUGAUAAUCAGAAAUACAGCGGUUAUUCCAAAUUGCAGAUGCAGGUGUGGAAAGAGAGUUGCAGAAAAAUACAUGCGAGUGGAUCUUUCGUGUUUGUGCAACUUUUCAGUAUUGAUAAACUAGGUGGACAGGAAUUUUCGGAGACACGCAAUGGAGAGGGUCUGGUGGAUAAUUUUGUAAAUUCCUUGACUAGGGAGGAGAUCCAGCUUUAUAUAGACGCCUAUGUGAGGGCUGCUAAGACCAGUCUGAUGUUUGGUGCAGAUGGUGUGGAACUACAUGGAGCUGCUGGAUAUUUGCUUGAUGGGUUCUUAAAUGCAAAGACUAAUAGAAGAGCGGAUGAGUAUGGCGGGUCCAUCGCUAACCGCGCAAAAUUUAUCCUAGAAGUGGUAGACGCUAUAGUGAAGGCUAUUGGGUCAUCUAGAAUUAGUAUUUGUUUGUCGCCCUCUGAAAAACAUAUUUCCCUAGUGACUCAAUACUCUUACCUGCUGGGACAGUUAGAGAAAAGGGCAGUUUGGGGUCAGAGGUUGGCUUAUAUUCAUCUAGAGGAGUCUCCUGUGGAUCUGGAGGAGGACCAGAUUCGACCUUUCGGAGGCUCUCAUAGCUUUGUUUAUUCCAUAUGGAGAGGCAUUGUAAUCAGAGGCCAUUCUGAGUUAACCGAUGAGCUUAAGAAAUGUGACCAAACUUUAAUUGCUUAUGAGCGGUCAUCUGGAAGGGAACGCUAUCAGAAGAGUUCAUCUAGAUUCAAUUCUAGAACUCCAUUAGAAUACUCAAAACAUGCUCAAUGUGCAAGCACUGGUUAUUAA